UUAUAUUUUUUAUUCCUCUGUCAACCCAAAUCAGAAGAACAUGAUCCAAUGAAAUAGCAGAUUGUUGGUGGACGGGACAUUAUUGUGUUAUGUUUAACGUACUUUAGGUUGGAUUCGCACAGAUAAAAUGAGCUCUACACAAGAUCGACACGGGACAAAAAGAUCCGCAUCUCCCAAUGAUGAAGGUGAGAACACUCAGUGGUCGGGGGCUGACCUGGGAACAGAUGAGAGGAGGCAGAAGUUCCUCAGGCUGAUGGGCGCAGGGAAGUCCCAGGCCAGAGGGCAGCAACUCGGACAGAGAGAACCCACCGGACGGCUUGUCAUUGGAGAUCACAAGUCUACAUCUCACUUCCGCUCUGGUACUGAGGACCAGAGGAUGAACGCAGAGCUGGAGCAGCAGUACCAGCAGGGCCUGGACGGGAUGCUGUCCGGACGCAACCGCAGACACGUUGGCCUGGGCUUCAGCGAGCCUGAGCCGCCUCCACCUUUAGCUCCAGAGGAGCCCCCCGCUGCAGCAGAGAAGCCCCACAGCCCCAACCCCUCCAACCCCUCCACAGACGCGUCCAAGGCCCCCGAGCCCAGAGACCGCAGCAAAAGCCCUUCAUCCUCUGAGCAGGGCUCUAGCGCGGAGGAGGAUGAAGAGGAAGAGGAAGAUGAGAAGGACUCGGCAGACGACGACGAAGAAGACGACAAGAAAAACGGCCUCAAAAUGACAUUUGUAAAAUCUUCCUAAAAGGAGGAGACAGGGAGAGACAGAGUGUGUUUGUUUUUUUCUUUCUUUUCUAAAUGUGACAUGACACUUUUAUUUGUGUUAAAUGUUUCCGUAGUCGUCUGUGAUGAUUUGUUUGUAAAAAUCCUGCUCCGUUGUGUUGGACUUUUUCAAUGAUAUUCAUAAAGUUGAAAAGUACAGAAA